AUGUUUCGAUCACUUCCCGACCAUCAUUCGGCAACCUCCAACUGUCAUUCGACAACUUCUCGGUCGUCCUCCGAUGAAGUUCUGACCUAUCUUGCCUAUCCUCCAACGACCUUUUGGUUGCCCUUUGGCGACAUUCUGACCUGCUCAGCUAUCCUUCGACAACAUUUUGGUCGUUCUCUAGCAAUGUUUCGAUCGCCUCUCAGCCAUCCUUUGGCUGUCCUCCGACAAUGUUUUGCUUGUCCUAUGGCAAUUUUCGGAUCGCCUCCCGACUAUCAUUUGGCGAUCUCCGACUGUCCUCUGCGACAUUCUGACCCGACUAUCCUCCAACAACAUUCUGACUUGACUAUCCUCCAACAAACUUUUGGUCGCCCUCCAGUGACAUUCUAA